AUCAAAAUGAUCACAACGCUACUUUGAUGGUCACGUAAGUUCAUUAUGUCUUUGAUGACGAACGACAAUCGAUGGACCGUUGUAUUUUGGUUGUUUUUGUGUCUCAUCGCUUUAAAUAUCCACGGACCAUCUGCGAAAAUUCUGCAACUUUCCAACGAUCGUUUGAAGAUCUUAGCAGCCGACAACGGAGAAAUUAAGGCAAAUUUUAGUACCCAGUAUGACGGACUCGUUAAUAGCGGAAACCAAGAUGUGUAUAAAUUCAGGGUUGACAACACGAAGAAUGAGAGUUAUGCCAUACGUGUACAUGUAAAUAGUACAAAUGCAGUAGUUGAAUAUCCAGUCUUGUUUGUGGUUAGACAACAGAGAGGCGUCAUGUCAUGGCCUGUGCCAAUGUAUAUACUUAGUCAGUACAAAUACAGUAGUGUUGCCCGUACACUUUGUCCAUUUGAUAUGGGUGAUGAACUUAUUAAUGAUUUUUAUAUUGAUGUGUCCUGUGCAUCUGUUAAUUUUACUGAUUACACACUCUAUGCAACAAUUGUCCAUGAUUUUCAAAUGUCAAUGAAUGAGCUCAAAUCAUUGAGUGUUUCUCCAUCCAAACCAGAGUAUUAUUAUUUUUUAUUUCCUGAAGGAGUUGAAGCAGUCCAUGUGAUUGCUAAAUCAAAAGACCAUAUAUGUGCUACGCUCUCCGUGCAGGAUAUAUCAUGUCCUGUGUUUGACCAAAACCGCAAUGUUGAAUUCACUGGUAUAUAUCAAACUUUGACACAGCAGGCAUCCAUAACAGUACAGCGUGAUGAUUUUGAUGGUCGUGACAUGUUUAUUGUUGUUGUAAUUCACCCUGACGAUGCACAAUGUGCUGGAAUUAUAAAUCUACAGCCUGCCAUGAAUAAUCCCAAUCCUGAUUUAGAACUGAGAUUAAAAAAUUUGACAGUCACAAUAGAAGCUACUAUAUCUAGCAGGCAGUACUGGAUAGCUAUUUCAGUCAUCGUUGCUUUCUUCGCUCUGUUCUACAUCAUUGGUGGUGUGGUGAUUUUGGUGCAGGAGAUUAGAACUAGCAGAAGGGAUGAAGAACUAUUACAUUCAGGAGAAAGUGGAGUAUUUCAUCACAGUCGUCAAAGACAACACCCAACUAACCCUCCAUCCAAUGACAUUGAGAUGACUGACUACUCCCCCUUUCUUAAUUAUGGUGCCAUCCAAGAAGACACAUUGGAGGAAAGAGACAACAAGCAUACAGAUCGAGGCAAUGACGAUACAGACAUUGAAGCCCCGAUAGCAAAUGAACAACAUAGACCUCAUUAUGGUACAACUGAACUGCAAGAUCCUUUCAAUAAACAAGGCGGUGCUGAUAAUGGUGGCACAUCACAUCAUCAUCAUAGACAUCGUCGUUAUCAAGACUCUGAUGAUAGCUCUAUAGAUGAAGAUGAAAUUGAUAUGUUACAUGACAUUGAAGAGGAGAAGGACAUAUACAGAACCAAGACGUUCCUGUAUGUGAGUGACUUGGCUCGCAAAGAUCGCAAAGCACUGAGAAAGAAAUACAAGCUAUAUCAUUGGAACUUGCUGCCAAUAUCUGUAUUCUAUGCUCUGCCUGUCAUUCAGCUAGUCAUUACUUAUCAAACAAUGUUCAAUGUAUCUGGUGAUGAAGAUAUUUGCUAUUAUAACUUCCUGUGUGCUAAUCCUUUGGGAGUAAUCAGUGCUUUCAACAAUCUAUUCAGCAAUAUUGGCUACAUUUUACUUGGCAUAUUGUUUUUAAUAGUGAUUUGGAGAGAGGAUGCGAUUCAUAAGAAAGCUGUGGAGAGAAAUGAUGAAUUUGAAAAGGGGUAUGGUAUCCCAAAACACUUUGGUUUGUUUUAUGCCAUUGGUAUAGCACUGAUUAUGGAAGGAUUUCUAAGUGGGUGCUACCAUGUAUGUCCAACAUACUCAAACUUUCAAUUUGAUACAUCAUUCAUGUACAUAAUAGCUGGAUUAGGAAUGUUGAAACUCUACCAAACUCGUCAUCCAGAUAUCAACGCCAAUGCCUAUGUAGCAUAUGCAUGUUUUGCACUUAUUAUAUUUCUAGCUGUUAUGGGUGUGGUUUUUGGUACAUUACUGUUUUGGGUUGUGUUUGCAGUGGUGCAUAUUGUCACUUGCUGUGUCUUGAGUGCUCAGAUUUACUAUAUGGGGCGAUGGAAACUAGAUCUUGGUAUUUUUAAGCGUAUUUAUCUGGUUAUGAAGACAGAUUGUUUACACUGUACAAGACCAAUAUAUAUGGACCGUAUGAUCUUACUUAUCAUAGGAAAUGUUAUUAAUUGGUCAUUUGCCAUCCUUGGUGUAAUAUCUCAACCUAAGGACUUUGCAUCAUUUCUACUUGCCAUUUUCAUUGUCAACUCUAUGCUGUAUCUGGCAUUCUAUAUUAUUAUGAAGCUUAGGAAUAAUGAACGCAUUGUACCAAGAGCUGGUCUGUUUAUUUGUCUGACUCUUGCUUUCUGGGCUGCAGCACUCUACUUUUUCAUGCAGGGUCUUGCACAGUGGGAUAAAACGCCAGCUGUGUCUCGUGAAGGAAACCGUGAAUGUAUAUUAUUAGAUUUUUAUGACUUUCAUGAUGUCUGGCAUUUCCUGUCAGCGUGUGCCAUGUUUUUCUCUUUCAUGACUUUACUUACAUUAGAUGAUGAUUUAGAUCGUGUCCCGAGAACGAAAAUUCCUGUUUUCUGAUUGGAGAAGAAAUAAUCAAAGAUGACUGCUAUGCAUGCUGGGAUUGUUGUGAAGACUGUUUUACAAUGCUAGUUUUAAUGGACUUGGCAAAUAAUAUAUAUUAGCAAUGUGACCAUGAACAUAUUGUUCAAAUGUGGUUUUCAAUUAUCAACUUCGGAUAUAAAACACUGAUUUGAGCAUGUCUGAAUUGAAAGGGGUCACUAAAAGAAGGCCGUGAUUACGUGAUAAAUGCAAAACUUGGUUGCUAUGGCAACAAUCAAAUAUUUGAUUUCAUUGGCUGAAAUUCGUUUAAUCAGAAAAAUAAAACCUACUGUAAAAUACUUUAUUUUAGAUGGAAUUAAUUUUCGCUGAAAAGUCUUUUUGGUGUUUUGUAUGGAAUUUAUUUUCACUGAUUUUUGAUGAGUUGAAUG